GUUGUUGGCGAGUACGGGCAAGAUGACGUAGCUAUAAAAUGUCUUGCGUGUUCUGCACAGCGCAAUACGGCCCAGCUUGAACAUGAGACUUCCUUUGUUUUCGUUAGCACUUUUGGUAUACUACAAGAUCCCCGCAUCAGCCGACGAUGCUUCAGUAGCGACGUCUACAACUGCAAGCGACCCCGAAGAACUUCUCUCCUUAACAAACAGUACCGAUGGUGCAUCAGACAAUGGAACCGAGGAAAGAAGUAUACUUCGACUGUUGAAGGGAGGAGGCUACGGGAACAGUUAUAAAGCUUCGGGUAAGGAGCUCAACAUAAACCUCGGAAUCUCUUCGGGCCACUAUAAAGAAAAGGGUUACGGCCACGGUGGAUAUGGCAAUGGAGGGUAUGGCCAUGGAGGCGGACACGGCGGUGGCUAUGGCGGCGGCCACGGACUUGGCCACGGUGGGGGACACAUAGGCGGUUAUGGAGGCGGUUAUGGAGGCGGCUAUGGAGGCGGCUACGGAGGCGGUUACGGAGGUAGUUACGGGGGCAGUUAUGGAGGCAGCUAUGGCGGCGGCUAUGGAGGCGGUUAUGGAGGCGGCUAUGGAGGUGGAGGCGGCGGAGGCGGAGGCGGAGGCGGUGGAGGCGGAGGCGGCGGCGUUCGAGAUAUAGUUGAUACUGCUAUUUUGUUCGUACUAUUAACGCUGAUUCUGGGUAUGGCUGCGGCCGUCCCAGCUGGAGAUAAAAAAACUGAUAUGAUGACUGACGACAAACAAACCGAUAGCCAUAAAACCGGCGUCGAGGAGCGAAGCAUUUUCCCCACCGGUUUUGGGGGGGGGUUUGGCACGUUUCCAACGUACGAACAAUUUGCUUCACAACACUUCAACCAGGGAGCUGAAGAAUCAGCUAAACAACAGGGCCAGAAUGCCUACCAAUACGAUCACGGAGCCUCGGGAGUCAAGCAAUUUGGUAACAAAGAAAGCUUCGGCAGCAAGGAAUCGUUCGGAUUCUCUAACACGAAUUCGCAUAGCCAGGGAUCGGGCUUCAACAAUCAGGCCGGAGCGUUCAACAAGGGCGGAAGCGCUCAAGGCUUCCAAACUGGUCAACAGGGCUACCAGACGGGUGGUGGUGGCUAUGGAGCUAACGGCUUAGGUGGGUACGGAGCUAGCGGCGUCGGCGGGUACGGAGCUAGCGGCAUCGGUGGGUACGGCGCUAGCGGCACCGGUGGGUACGGAGCUAGCGGCAUCGGUGGGUACGGAGCUAGCGGCGUCAGUGGAUAUGGAGCCAGUGGCAUACCUGGAGCCCCAAUUGUCCUCGGAGGCAUUGGCUACGGGGGUAGCUACGGAGGUAGCUACGGAGGUGCGUCUAGUAGCCAGGGCUUCAAGCAAAGUGGAGGCGCCACCGAACAGUUCGCCGGGCAGGGCGCGUACAGCUACAACAAUGGACAUUCAUCUAGCUCUGGCUUCGGCAACAAGGAAACCUGGGGCAACAAAGAAUCGUUCGGCAAGGAGGCUUCUGCCGCCCACGCCGUCGGUGCAGCACAUUCGAGCCAUGCUUCUGGCUUUACCAAGGGCGGCCACGCUGCAGGUUCUCAAAUUGCAAGCAGCUCUGGUGGCACCGGAGCGAUCGGCGGGGUCAACGGUGUUGUGCCCGUAGGAGGCUCAGUGGUUAGACCAGUCGGUGAAGGUGCUGGCCCGAUUGUUGCCCCUGUCGGAGGGUUCACACCUGUUGGUGGACCAAUCGGCGCUCCUCUCGGAGGAGUCAUUGGCGGUCCGAUUGGAACAGAUGGUGUAAGCGGCUCGUACGUCGAGAGCGGCCCGAUUGUGAGCGGCGGUGGAAUCGGUGGAGGCAUUCCCAUUGGUGGACUGGCUGGGGUUGGAGGUGUAGCCCCUGUAGGACCAAUUAGCCCCAUCAGAGGUGCAGGUCCCAUUGGAGCCGGUGCUCCCAUUGAGGGCAAUAUUGGCGCAGGUGAAGUUGGCCUAGUAGGAGGUGUGGUACCCGUUAAUGGAGUUGGGCCUGUUGGAUUCGUUGGAGGAGCGUCUCACAAGGAGGGGUUCACUCAAGGACAACAAACCGCCGGGGCCGCCAAAGGUAAAUCUGUCUUCGGUUAUAAUCAUGGAGGAUCUUCCACAAAAACUUUCGGAAACAAAGAGAGCUUCGGAUCUAAAGAGUCUUUUGGAUCCGAGAGUAGCACGGGAAACGCAGUGGGUGCUAAUCAGCAGGCCUAUGCUUCUCAGGGAUCCCAGAGCUCUUUCGCACAGGGAGGAAAAGAGAGAGCAGUGGUUGCCUAAUCACCCAUCUGUGAUCAAUUUGCAAUAAACUGAAACCUAUGCACUUUUCUAAUGAUACCAAUAUAACGAAAGGUAUACGUUUGCCACGAGUAGUCAGCCCAAAAGCAACUAGAUGUACAUAAACAAGUAACCAACAGACGAAAUAGAUUCGAGCAGAAGAAGCUUAUCGAAGAAGGCUGUGAUUCAGAGGACAACAAAAUGGUGUCAAUAAACUAGAUGGUUCAGUAAAUUUUUACAGGUUAA